AUGGCUUCCCUUUCUACAACUUUCAGCCUCCUCUUCGUCACAGUUUCAGCCUUAGUUUCUGCAGCUCUCUCUGCGUCAGUCAUAGAAGAUCUUAAAAGUUUAAAACCACCUCAUGAUUUCAACACCACAAUCCUGAAAAACUGUCAGCACAACCCAUCUCUCAGAUAUUGCAGUUCCUCUCCUAUGGACCUUGAUGAGAUUUUCAAAUCCACCAUUGUCGCAAGCCACCUUUGCAACGAGUCCAAGAACCCGAACUGUGUCGAAUCAUUCCCAAAGAUAGACCUUCAAAACGACCCAAAGAUGGCGCCACUCUACUUGUCAUUCAACUUCUUUUGGAAGUAUUGCCCUUUGAGCAUCUUAGCUAUUGAUCUGUCAAACAAUUCUUUGAGGAGCAAUUUCCCUGUUGAUGUUCUUCAAUGCACCCAAAUACAAGCUCUUGAUAUGAGCCAUAAUAACCUCUUCGGUGAUGUCCCAAUAGAGAGUUUCUCUCCCCUUACCAACCUCACACUCCUCAACUUAUCGUAUAAUCACUUCUCAGAGAGUAAAAUCUCUGAUAUCCCGUUCUUUAAAAGAUUCAACUCUUCAAGCUUUCUUCAUUCAGGUCUCCUCCCGGAUGGAAAAAAGUUCAGGAUCAAAGCUGUAAUCUUGUUGGUUGGUUUCCCAAUCUUUGUGAUUAUGAUGGUGUGUUGCUUGGGAUGGCUUUGUUUCUGCAGGCCUGACUUCCUCCCACGAAUGCUUCGACCAAAGCACCGGUUUACAACAGCAAUGCUUAAGGCAGCAACCAACGGAUUUUCGAAGAAGAAUUUGAUGGGGAAGAGUGAAUCAGUUGAGAUUUACCAAGGAAUUCUGAGAGAUGGUGCUGAUGUCAGGAUUGAGAUUUACAGAGGUGAAAGACACCCUACAUUGAUCGAAGAAUGCAAGAUUCUUGUUCAGUUAUGCCACAAGAACUUGGUUAAUGUAUUGGGUUGGUGUAACAACCGAAGACUGAAAGCCAUUGUCACUGAAUGGAUGGAAGGAGAGAGCCUUGAGAUGUGGCUAAUGGGGUCAAAUAUUACACCAUGGAGCCAUAGGUUAAGAAUAUUGAUGGGGGUUGUGGAAGGCAUGUGUUAUCUAGAGGAGUGGCCUGAAGUUGGUUAUGACCUCAGGACAAGCAGCAUCUUGUUGUCUAACAAUCUGGAGCCCAGAAUUUCGAGGUUUAAGAUUCGGGAUCUUAGCAGCAGCCGCAGUAGAAAGAUGUACAAAUUUGGAGUGCUCCUACUAGAGAUGCUCGUAAACUGGAGGCCGGAAGAAGAAUUCGAGAAGGGUGAGGCUGGUUUUAUUGAGUAUAUCAGAAUGCAUUAUCCUGGGAAUCUGCAGAAAGUGAUAGACCAGAAAAUGGAAUUGACACAAAAUACUUUUGAUCAAGCUAAACAGGCAAUAGGCCUAGGCUUAAUGUGCACAGAUGAAUCAAGCAACCAACAAGUCAGCUUGGGUCAGGUAUUUGAUAUCAUGAGCAGAGCCUACCAGUCUUGCAGGGUUUUGGCUUCUCAUAAUCAUGAAAGGUUACAUUCAGAAAGAGGGACGCAAGACAAAGUCAGGGUGGAAAAAUAA